AUGGAUGCUCAAAAAUACAUCAAGGAAGUUCUUCCAAUAGCUUUAAAAUCCGGCAAAAAAAUGUUAGGAAAUAAUUGGACUUAUCAGCAAGAUGGUGCAACACAUCACACACAUCGUCUUAGCCAAAAAUGGUGUGCUGAUUAUUUUUCUGAAUUCAUUCCCAAGAUCCGUUGGCCAUCAAAUUCACCUGAUUUAUGUCCAUUUGACUACAGCUUAUGGAAUAAAUUAGGUCACGUUAUAGAUUGGAACUGCGUAACAACAAAAGCAACAUUGAUAGAACAAAUAAAACAAUCCGGAAAACAAAUUGAAAAAGAAAAAAAUUUUAAAUUCUGUACUUGA